AUGCAACACAUGCUUGUCCUGCGCCGAGUUGUUUGUCCGGGAGCAGCCAGGAUCCCAGAUGUCUCGACGCGCAGCUUCGGGCUGGUGGAGUUUGCCGGCCAGUGGCCUCACGCUGAGCAACGCCAGUUUGAAUCGGACAUGCGGGUCAUCAGGGACUUUAUCACAGCGCCAGAGGAGCAACUACUGAUGCGGGAAAUCGAGCCACACAUCAGCCGCUUGCCGUACGAGUCGAGCCACUGGGAUGAAGCAAUUCACGGAUACCGCGAACUUGAACGCAGAAAGUGGUCUUCCGAAAACCGGGCCAUGCUGGAACGCGUCUCGCAAGCCGCCUUCGGUGGCCAGGGGAUGCCCUUUGUCCACAUCCUGGACUUGGCUGACUCUGGCGUGAUCAAGCCGCACGUGGACAGCACUCGAUUCUGCGGCAACACCAUCGCGGGAAUCAGCCUCCUCAGCGACUGCGUAAUGCGACUGAAGCGAGUGACCAAGGAUCCCAAUUCUGCCAGCCACUCUGCGGAUCUGCUCCUGCCGCGACGCUCGCUCUACAUCAUGAGUGCGCUGGCGCGGUACGAGUUCACCCACGAGAUCCUGGCCAGAGAUCAAUCGUGGUUCAAGAAGCGUUUGGUGGAAAGAAGCCGACGCAUUUCCGUCAUUUGCCGAAACGAACCUUGAUUGUAGCGAACGUAUUGUACCCUUCUUCUCUCACAGCGGGUGUACAUGUAUAUACAAUGAAAAUUUAUUCCGAUUUGGUGAUCAGCUAAUGUAAUACAGACGGCGGACUGCGACGGAUUACACGACGUGAUUCAACCAUGUAUGAUACACUAGAUCAAAUGUACAUAUACAUAGUAUAUCUUAGGCUAACUACUUGUACUUUAUAAAUAUUGGGCUCACCUUUCUCACUCGCUUCAAA